AUGCUAUUUAAAAUCUUUUUCUGUACAUAUUUAUUUUAUCUAUCUAUCUAUCUAUCUAUCUAUCUAUCUAUCUAUCUAUCUUUUAUCUAUGUUGUCAUUUUUUCAUAUCUAUCUAUCAAUUCAUUAUCUAUCUAUCUAUCUAUCUAUCUAUCUAUCUAUCUAUCUAUGUUCAUAACUGUAUAUCUAUGUUUAUCAGUUUCUUCAUAUCUAUCUAUCUAUCUAUCUAUCUAUCUAUCUAACUAUCUAUCUAUCUCACUUAUCUAUUCAUAUCUAUUUAUCUAUCUAUCUAUCUUUGUUCAUAACUGUAUAUCUAUAUUUAUCAGUUUGUUAAUAUCUAUCUAUCUAUCUAUCUAUCUAUCUAUCUAUCUAUCUAUCUAUCUAUCUAUCUCACUUAAAAAGGUAUUUUUCUUUCUCUCUGUGGGUUUCUUUAUAUUUUCUCCUUUGUGGUUCUAUCUUUUUAUUUAUUCAUUUUGGUAUCUAUCUAUCUAUCUAUCUAUCUAUCUAUCUAUCUAUCUAUUCUUGCCUGUUCAUAUGUAUCAGCCUGAUCAUAUCUAUCUAUCUCAGUCUGCUCCUUAUCCAUCUAUUUCUCUCUGUUUGUUCAGAUCUAUCUAUCUAUCUAUCUAUCUAUCUAUCUAUCUAUCUAUUAGUUCAUAUCUAUCUAUCGAUCUGUCUAUCUCAGUCUAG